AUGAUCGAAUUUAAGCUUUAUUCCGCAAUAUCUAUCAACGAUAUCUGUAAAAGUAUCUCCCCUGGAUCUUCCCCAGAGCCGACGGAGGUAGACCAGAUCUAUCAGGUGCUAAAGCAGGCGACAGAAAUAUCAAACAGCAGACCUCGAGUUAACGUAGAAUUGGCCCCCGGUGAUAGGACUUUAGUGGGGUCCCCUCAGGGGGCCCCUGUGACUCAGGCACGAAAACCGGGUGCUACCAAUCUCGCUGUUGUUAAUCCGGCCCCCUGUUCUACCACAUCAGCGCUUCCAGCAUCAUACCAAGGAGGAAGCCGCAUGAGCAGCGCUAGCAGCGACCUCUCGAUGCGUCGGAGGCUAUUCGCAGGCAUGAAGAGUCUCACCGGAUUCGGCUCAAGGUCGAGGCAGAGGUCUCCCGGACAUCGCUCCAUCUCCCUACCUGAAAGUACGCUUACGAAGCUCUGCUAUAUCUGUGUUUUUACGAUGUGGUGUACUGUUGUUGCAUGA